GCUGUUUUUAUUUGGUUUACUGUUCACAACUUCAAAGUCCCAAAAGUUAAUUCUAAUUGUACAAGCCUUUAUGGCUCAUAAUGAUCUUAAUACUAAUAACAUAAUCAUUCAAGAUGAUAUCCAACAAGUAUUAGAUAAAGAACAUGACUUUACUAAUAUCAAUGAUACUACCUUUUUUCUAGCAGAAGAGAUGGAUAAACUCUCCACUAAAAUUUAUAAGAAAAAUACUUUUUCUUAUACCAAAGAAGUCAAAAGAUCUAAGGCCAGUUAUAGACUUGUGAUCUCUAAAUUUAUUUGUACUACAUCAAAGAUUCAAGAUAGAAGAAAUCCAGUUAGUAAAAAUAAUACUAAAACUAAAGAAUUACAUGACAAAGAUAGAUAUAAAGAAUGCUUUUUAUCACAUCCUAUUAGCUUAUUCAUCAAGGAUCUUUACCAAGAUUCUAAAACUGAUAAUAAAGCAUCUGAGAGCUCAGGAGAUCAGAUUAAUCAUCUACUUAGACGACAUCAUAAUAAUGACAGAAUCAGAAAAGCAAGCUAUAGAGCAUACCAAGAAAGUUUGUGGGAUGCUAGAUUACCUUGGAUUCAUAAUAAACAGCAAAAAAUCACAAUUAAUACCAAUGUGAACAAUAAAAUUUCUUGGCUUCAAGGUGAACUUAACCAACAUGUUUUUCAAGAUUUCAACAAAAAAAAUCAAAGAUAUCAUUUGAAAAUGCAAGAAACUGAAGGCUACAAAAGCAGUUCAUAUUCACAAGCUAGCAGCCUUAUUAGGCAGGAUGAAUGCUACAACAGAAGUCUUUUUACCAGUAAAACUUUUUUCAAGAGCUUUAUUCAGAAACAAGAACAGAGCUCUGAGAUGCUAGGGUUGGAAUGUGAGGAUAGCAUUAUCAGCAGAGAACAAGAAACAAUUAGAGUGCUAGAUAAAAAACCUUAA